AUGGGGUUCCACACAGACCAACCCCCCCUCGACAUCGAAUAUGCCGCCCAAAUGCGCUGCCACCCCUACGGCAUCGCCCUCUACCACCCCCAGCCCCGGGCCACCUUCCACCCCGGCAUGGUCGGCUACUUCGACGCGUAUGGCAACUGGAACCACAUCACCGAUCUCUCCCAAGUCCGCAGCUCUGCCGACACCGCGCUCGCACCACCAGCAGACCUCCCCGCGCUCGCCCAGCCGGAGCAGCAGACCUGGGGCCCGAAACUGGGGAGCAGCACGCGCGGCCGCCGCGUGGAGCUCAGCGCGGGGAUCUCAGAGACGGUUCUCGCGGCAGCCGGUGCCCCGCUGAGCCUGGGCUCGUGUUUCCGGUUUGAAAGCGAGCGGGCGAGCGGUGCGGUGCUUGUUACGAGUGAUCCGGUGGUGCAUGAGCGGUUUUAUCAUGAGAGUCCGUUCAAGCGCUGGGUGGUGUCGAAUGCCCGGCGGUUAUUGGGGGAGAGGGAGGAGCUGAAGGAGUACGAGCUGUGGGUUGUGACGAGUACGUGGAGUGCGCGGGAAGCAGCUGUGAAUUGCUGGCGGGACCAGAAGAAGGCGGUUGAGGUAGGGUUCAAGGUUGGGUUUGUGGAGAUUGGGGAGGUUGCGCCGAAGGGGGACUGGGUGGAUCGUGGGGGCGGCGGAGGGGGCUUGAGUCAACAGACUAAACGAAAUAAAUUCCGCGGUGACGAGCCAGAGCAAGAGGUCAAGGUUGGGUCGAUCCAGGCGGAUGAUGGCAUGCAAUACGAGUUACUCUAUGACGAGAUUCUUGAGAGGAGGGAUUUACGCCCUGCGGAGGAAGAAGCGGAACAGGAAGGGGAUAUUGAAGAAACCCUGGACCAAUCUGAUGAUGACUGGUAG